AUGACGUGUGAAUACACCUGGCCCAACCACCUCAUGGCCACGGACGCCGCAGCCACCCGAGCCCUGAUAGAGCAACACGGCUUCCAAGACGACGUGGCUUACGGGCAAACCAAGAUCUUCAUCCGAACGCCCCGGACCUUGUUCGCCCUGGAAGAGGAGCGCUCCAACCUCAUCCCCAUUAUUGUGUUGUUGUUGCAGAAGGAGAUGUGGCCGGAAGGCAAGCAGAGCAUCACGGAGGUGACGAAGCGCCCCCUGACUGCGGCCACCCUGUUCAAGAACUCCAUCGUGGCCUUGGUGGACAACCUAGCUUCCAAGGUAUCUCAGAUCUUCCUUUUCUGGUGGCGAGCCAGGCAGCUGGUGACCAACAUCCCUCCCUCCGAGAUGGGCCAAAUCAAAGCCAAAGUUGCCGCCUUCGACGUCUUGCAAGGCCGGAGGAAAAAUUGGGGCUGUUGCCAAAACUGGAGACAGAACUAUUUAGUGUCGGUUUGGAGAGGAGCCCUCGCCCGCAAGCGUUGCCGAUACCUACGGGCCAUCUACACCAUCAUGGCCUACUACAAGCGUCACAAAGUGAAGUCUCACUUAUUGGAGCUCCUACAACGCUUCCAAGGGGUGCGGAGCAUGGCGGACUACGGCAAAAGCGUGGAAUGGCCGGAGCCUCCAGAGGUGCUGGCCCAGUUCCAGGAGAGCAGCAAACUCAUCUUUUGCAGAAAUAACCCACCUCCUCUCCUCUCUCUUCUUCCCCAGGCGGAGGAGAAUUCAGCCUUGGCUGCCCAGUUCCUCAAACAGGUCUCCACCCUGAAAGAGAAGAUGCACUUCAGUUCCAUCUUGUUCUCAUGCCAUGUGCGGAAGAUCAACCGGUGUAACAAACGGACGGAUCGAGCCCUACUGAUCACCGACCAGCACCUCUACAAGCUGGACCCCCGGAAGCAAUACCGAGUCAAGAAGACUAUUGCUCUCGGCACAACCUGUUAUCUCUAUAUGUCCAUUGAGGGCUGA